CCAUACACAACAACAUCAUAUAAGCAAGCUCUUAUUAGUGCAUCAUAUAGAGGAGGUUGGUUUAUGUGUUUUUAUUGAAGAUGAGGAAAGAAAGGUGUUUGCUCCACCCUCUGCUAGCUCUUCUUGUGCUAAUGAGCUGCUUGUGUAUACGUUGUGUACAGGCUGCGGUGUCCCUACCGCCGGAGGACCGUCCUCUUGUCCGCCACUAUUACAAGAAACAUAACACGUGCAGCAGCGUAGAGGCAUUCGUCCGCCACCAAGUGAAAUUGCUCUGGGACAAAGACCAGACCAUUACGCCAAAGCUGCUUCGGUUACUCUACUCAGAUUGCAUGCCCAAUGGUUGUGAAGCAUCCAUCCUCCUUGACGGGCCACAUUCGGAGAAAACUGCACCGCAAAAUUCAGGGCUAGGAGGAUUUGUUGUCAUUGACAAAAUCAAGACCGUCCUAGAAAAUCGGACGGAGUGCAAGGGAGUUGUCUCCUGUGCUGACAUUCUCAACCUCGCCACCAGGGACGCCCUUUUUUUUGCAGGAGCACCAUCGUAUCCUGUUUUAUUAGGAAGAAGAGAUGGAUUCGAGUCAAAUUCAGCGGCAGUGGACCUCCCAUCAUCCUCCAUUUCUUGGGAAUCAGCACUGGCAUACUUCAACUCCAAAAAAUUAGAUGUACAGGACAUGGCUACACUCUUAGGAGCACACACAAUGGGCAGAACACAUUGUCGCUACAUCUUAGACCGUCUGUACAAUUUCAACAAUACUGGAAAACCAGACCCCAGCAUGAAGAAAUCCUUCUUAGAUGAAAUGAGAAAGCAGUGCCCACCCAAAGUGAAGCAAGGCCAACAUGACCCACUCGUCCUUCUUAACCCAAGAAACCCCAACUACAAGUUCAGCAAUAGCUACUACUCUGUGGUACAAAAUAAUGAAUCCGUUCUUGGAGUUGAUCAGCAGCUACUGUAUGGAGAUGACACAAAUCAAUUAACCCAGGAAUUCAAUGUCAGUUUAGAAGACUUCCGCAAGGCAUUUGCUUUAUCAAUAAACCGGAUGGGAGGUCUUAAAGUUUUGACAGGGAACAAUGGAGAGAUACGCCGGAACUGCCGUUUUACAAAUAAGAAUAAUCCCAACAUUAAGUAAAGGGAUUCAAUGUGCUAUAUGAAGCUUUUUUAAGGAGAAGAGGCAAAAUGGCUAUUUGGAUAAAACUGCUUUGUUGGGGUAAGGUGGGGAGCAAUAUCUUCAUUUGGAUAGUAAGUGUUUUCUGUUUCGAGAGGGAGGAACAUGAAACUAUAAAUAAGGGCAUGAAUGAAAAAUAUAUUUCUCUAAAAAUAAGACUAUAAACAAGUUCUUAUACUAUGACUUUUGUUAUCAGAAGUUCAAACCAAAAACCUUCUAUCCAUUGACUCUGAUUUUUUUUUUUUGCUUUUUUUCUUCUGAAGAAUCACUUUGCACAUAA